UUUCACUCGUUGCUUUCACUCUGCUCCGAUCGCUACUCUGGAUCCCACCAACCCGCCUGCCAAUCUAAACCACACGCACGCACCACCCCACUGACUAACUGACCAACUGCACCCCCCCCCCACUUUACACUUCAAAAUGACCUCCCUCCCCCGCCCCCCCCUCUCCACCCUCUUCACCUCCUGCCUCACCCUGGCCAAAACCACCCUAACCGACUGCCUCACCACCCUCCAAUCUAAACAAUCAGAAUCAACCCGUUUAUCCCAAAACCCUGGCAGCAGAAAAAAAUCCAACACCGAACUCACCGACUUUGGAACCUUUUCAAAGGACGGUGAAGAGGAUGAAAUUGACGAGUUUGGGCUGAAAUCCGGGGAUAAAAUCACCGAUUGGCAGGCGGGCUGGAAUGUCACCAAUGCCAUUCAGGGCAUGUUCUUGGUCUCUCUCCCCUACGCCGUGCUGCACGGAGGCUACUGGGCGAUCAUCGCCAUGAUCGGGAUCGCCUAUAUCUGCUGUUACACUGGAAAAAUCCUCGUGGAUUGUUUGUACGAGGAUGACUCCAAUGGGAUCAGGACGAGGGUCAGGGAUUCGUACAUGGCCAUUGCGAAGGUCGGGUUUGGGGAGCGCUUCGGCCCGAUGAUCGUCUCCACCGCGCAGUUGAUCGAGUUACUCAUGACCUGCAUCCUGUACAUCGUGCUCUGCGGGGACUUGAUGGUGGGGACCUUUCCAGACUCCCCAAUUGACUCCAGAUCCUGGAUGAUGUUGUGCGGGAUGAUCCUUCUCCCCUGCGCCUUCCUGCGCAACCUCUCCUCCGUCUCGACCCUCUCAUUUUAUUGCACCAUCGCCCACGUCCUCAUCAACGUCAUCGUGAUUGCUUAUUGCCUCGCCUGCAUCGGGCAGUGGGGGUUCUCCGAGGUCACCUUCGCUCUUGAUUUCGAGACGUUCCCCAUCUCCCUCGGGAUCAUCGUGUUUUCCUACACGAGCCAUAUCUUCCUUCCAACGUUAGAAGGGAACAUGGCGCAACCGGAACAGUUUGGAAAAAUGCUGGAUUGGAGCCAUGUCGCUGCGGCGGCUUUUAAAUCCGGGUUUGGCUAUGUCGCUUUUCUUACCUGGAGGAAGUCCACGUUGCAGGUAAUAACCAACAACCUCCCCACGAUCUGGAAAUCCCUCGUCAAUUUCAUCCUGGUCCUCAAAGCAGUCCUCUCCUACCCGCUCCCCUACUACGCCGCCGCUGACCUCAUAGAGAAAAUCGCCUUCCCUCCCGACACCCCUGAGGAAUCGACAAAGAAAAUAAAAAUCUACGAUAAAGAGCACACCCUCACCACGAUCGGCUGCAUCUACCGCGUUGGCCUCGUCCUGGUCACGAUUCUCAUGGCCGUGACGAUCCCCCAUUUCUCCAUUCUCAUGGGUUUCAUCGGGAAUUUCACGGGGACGAUGCUGAGUUUUAUCUGGCCGUGCUAUUUCCAUUUGAAAUUAAAAGGUGAUGGACUGCCGCUUAGAAAUGUCGUGGCGGAUUGCUUUAUUAUCUUUUUGGGGGUGACCUUUGGGGUCAUUGGGAUCUAUGACUCGGGGGAGGCCUUGGUGGAGGCGUAUGCCAUUGGACUUCCUUUUUAGGGGGGGAUUUUAGGGGUGUAAAAGUGAAAUCAAGUCUUCCGACAAGUCUUCCAUGUGUAUUUAGUUAGUUAAAUUAGUGAAAAAUAACCAAGUCUUCCAUUAAAGUAUGUAAACUGGUCUUCCAAAAUAGCGAAUAAAAAAACUCUAGUCACGUGAUUGACCUUUCUUUAGCCCGAGUCAGAGUAUCAAAAUUCUACUCACCCUGCCCAAAUUCUACCCAAACGGACGCACGACAUUACCACCGCAUAAUCCCCUCAUCACCAUCCCACAAAAAUCUAGAGCAGAAAAAAAACUCUCUGAAAAUAGCCUCCUCACAUUCUGGGCAUAUAAAAUAUGAAUCAUUUGACGGCCACCCACGCCAGCUCCACACUCGCCGCCGCCACUCAUCACCAGCACCGCUGAAUAUCAUCUCUCCAAGCAGAUGGUCCACAUUUAUUUUUAAUUUUUUAUCAUUUCCUUUUCGGUGGCUCCGUUGGUGACACUGCUGGUUUCAGAGCAACACAGAAUUUAGUGAAAUAUGGGUGAAGAAUCCGGUGCAACGAUGAUGGGGUGGUGGGAGUUUGCCCUCCAAACCCUGAAGAUCUUCAUAUUCGGAGCAGCCUUUGGAGCCUGCAUGAUCUACUACCUGUUCCGCCGCCCCCUGGAAAAAACCCCUGCUGCUAACACCACCCGGCGCCCCUCCGCCUCCCUCCUAUCCGUCCCCGGCGAAUGGCGUGAGACCGACCCCACGGCAGAACCCCCCCUGAAACCCAGCCCAGAAAUGAACAAGCGCCGACGGAGCUCCCUCCUUUACAAAUAAUUAUAUGCAAAUUAGCAGAAUAAAAAAAUUAGAAAUUCUAUUAAA